AUGACAUCCCACGAUGUUCGCGAUAUGCUGGAUCUCCCCUCUAGCUCCUCGGCCCCUCGACCGAAAAAAGUAAAAACAGUUGUCCAAAAACCGAAGUUGGGAGGUCUGGCAAGAGAAGUUCAAAAUCUGGGGGGAGAUAACCCCAUUGUGAUUGUACCAGAAGAAGCGGUCUUCAAGAAGAAGAGAUUUGGAAGUCGAAAACCGGCGACGAAAUGGGAAGCGAGGAGAAGGUUGAGGGGAGGGAGAAGGAAAAGCAGAGGGAGAGGAUGCGGAGGGGGAUACGGAAAUGGGGGAGGAUGGGGAGAAGGGAAAGGAAGAGAAGAGGAAAUAAUUGAGGACUCGACUUUUGCAAAGUAUAAUGUGAAGGUACAGGUACCGACUUAUACCGACGAACAAUACAAAGAAAUUCUGCAGAGUGAGAAUUGGUCGAGAGAAGAAACGGAUUAUUUGAUGAGAACGGUUCAGGAAUAUGAUUUACGAUGGCCGGUCAUAUGGGAUCGAUACGAAUAUGUACCUCAAGAAAUUCCGGAAGACAUCAUGGAAGGAGCGAUAGCUAGACGAGAAAGGACUAUUGAAGACUUGAAAGUAAGAUAUUAUACAAUAGGUGCGGCUUAUGAUGCAUUAAAGAAACCUUUACAUCAAAUGAAUACCACGGAAUUCGAUUUACAUCAAAAGAUGUUGAAUUUCGAUCCUUACAAGAGACUCGGAGGAAAGAUUUCCUGGAAAGGCGUUUUCACACGUACGAAGGAAGAAGCUCGAGAAGAAGAAAGUCUUAUGGUGGAACUCAAACGUAUUUUGGCUCGCUCGGAGAAAUUCAUGGAGGAACGAAGAGAACUUUACGCCAGACUCGAUGCUCCUGCAAGUAGUUAUAAUAUCAGCGCUUUCAUUACUAGUCAAGUUAAGAAGAGAAAACCCAUUCAAGAAGGUCAAACCCCUGGUGGUGCUACUCCCGUCGGUGGUAAUACGCCCGGUGGAUAUGAUGCAAGACGAGAUUCCAAUGUUCGAGAAUCCGUCUCAGCACCAUCAGGUAACGCUGGUAAUGCUUCAGCAGUGGGUAAUAAGAAAGGAAGCAUAUCGUCUAUUCAAACACCUUCAGAUCGCCGCAGACUCACAGAAGAAGAAGAAAAGGUUUACGGUGUCUCGCAUCAUGAUCGUUUACAAGGAGGUCCAUAUUUCCGUGGUGAAAAACUUAUUAGACCACUCACAUCGAAGAGUGCAAUUCAACAAGGUCGUAUCAAAAAUAUGUUGGUUGAAUUGGGCAUUCCUGAGAAACCCAUCAUGGGCACGGCAGAUGUCGCUCAUGGUUACGAUGAAUUGUUCAAGAGUAUUGGGAUUUUGUUAGAUAGUAAGAAAGUGGCUGAGAAGUUACAAACUGAAAUCGAUGUGUUGAAGGCGCAAUUGGAGGAAAAGAAGAGGAGGAGAAGAAUGAGUGGGUUAUCAGCUGCUGGAGGACUGGAUGGUACCGGGGAUGAGAAGGAGGAGGCGAAGAAUAAAAUUGAUGGGAAUGGAGAAGGUGGAAGUGAAGUGCCAGGAGCGGCAGCUGUAGUGCAAAGUACAGAGAGUGGAGAGAAUGGAGCGGAAAAUGAACAGGAAGGUGGUGAUGGCGCGCAGGGUAAUGGUGAGAACAAUGGUACUGAGAACGCCGAUGCAAACACGACGGCUGCGCCUAAAAGAAGCGCGAGCGUGAUGAGUACGGGGACUGAUAAGAGUUCGAAGAGGCAGAAGAAAUAA